CCCGGCACCACCACUCGUCAUUGUGUUUGCGCGCGAUCCAAACCUCGUACCAGUCUAACUGAGUGCGGCCAACGGGGCGGGCUCAGAGGCAGCAAAGGCAGCUUGCGGCGCUGCCGCCGGAUACUUGCUGCCAUGCAAGGGGGGGCGGCGCUAUUGGACCUGAUCCGGUAGUCUUGACGUCGUUUGGGCUUGCUCCUUCUCUCUCUCUCUGGCCGUUAGCGUCAAGUGACCCCAACCCACCACAUCAUCCCAACAACCGGUCCAACCUGUCUCACCCCUUCCCCUCCCACUGCAUACAACCACCCCCCCUCCCCCCGGCAAGCUAUAUAACACCCCGCCAGACUGCAUUCCACCUUUCUCUUCUCUCAUCGUCUCUUAUUUCCUCCCCUUCCUCUCUCUCCCUACCUAGACACAAUGAAGUUCGCCGUCCUCUUCGCCGUCCUCGCCGUCUCGGCCGUCACUGCCCAGCAGGUCGACCCCGCCUCGGUCCCCCCUCAGAUCGCCGCGUGCUCGCAGGCCGCCGCCACCAAGGCCGGCUGCGCUUCGGCCCUUGACGCCGAGUGCAUCUGCAGGACCCACGGCACCGACUUCACCAACGCCGCCACCCCCUGCAUUGCCGCUCUUGGUGCCGACCUCAUCAACCAGGCCCUCGACAUCCAGAGGCGCGUCUGUGCCGACGGCUUCAUCGGCGCCGCUUCCUCGGCUCCCCCUGCCUCGGCCUCAUCGGCCCCCCCUGCCGAGUCGUCGGCCCCCCCCGCCUCGGCCUCAUCGGCCCCCCCCGCCUCGGCCUCGUCGGCCCCCCCCGCCUCGGCCUCGUCGGCUCCCCCUGCCUCGGCCUCGUCGGCUCCCCCUGCUUCGGGCUCGUCGGCUCCCCCUGCUUCGGGCUCGGGCGCUCCCCCUGCCUCGUCGGCUCCCCCCGCCGUCUCCUCGGCUCCCCCUACCACCGGCGGUGGUGGCUCGGGCGGUGGCGGCUCGGGCGGUGGUGGCUCGGGCGGUGGUGGCUCGGGUGGUGGUGGCUCCGGCGGUGCCGGCGGUGGUGCCGUCUCGUACGCCGUCCCCUCGGCCGCUGCCUCGUCGGGCGCUGCUGGCUCGAACGCCACCAAGGCCGAGGCCAACGGCUCGGGUGCCCUCCCCGCCGUCGGCGUUGCUGGCCUCGCCUCGACUGCCGCUGUCGCCGUCGCCGGUGCCCUGCUCGGCGCUGCCCUCUUCUAAGCGACCUCGAUCUCGCAUUAGUAGUAAACCGUUUCAUGUUCACAACGGACUCUUCAUCACCUCGUCGUUUUUUCCCACCCCUAUUUAGUAACUUGCCAUGACAUAUGGACAAUUCGAAUGCACGCAUAAUUGUGAUGAUACCAAGA